ACUGACUGAGCGGACCCAACUGAGACAGCAUCCAGAAGCCGAACCCUCACGCCUCCUUCCACCGAACCGGAGCCCGCCGCCGGCCACCCCGCUCCGACGAAGAAGGUCGCCGCCGUCGCCGCCUCCCCCCGGGCUCGGAUCGACAUCCUCUCCCUCCGUCGGCAAGGGAGUGGUGAUGUCUACUUCGGUGCAAUCAUCGUACCUUCCUGCUACCACUGAGUCGAUAUCAAAGGCUCAGGAGGCUAAGGAUGCUUCUGAGUCCAUCUCAAUCCUCUACCGAGUGCUCGAAGAUCCAUCUUCUUCAGCGGAUGCACUGAGAGUAAAAGAGCUUGCCAUUACAAAUCUGACAAACUACCUCACGAAAGAAAACAGAGCUGAGGAUCUCAGGAAUCUUUUGACCCAGCUCAGGCCCUUCUUUGCACAGAUCCCCAAGGCAAAGACUGCGAAGAUUGUGCGUGGCAUCAUUGAUGCUGUUGCCAAGAUACCUGGAACAUCUGAGCUUCAGAUUUCACUCUGCAAGGAGAUGGUAGAAUGGACCCGUGCAGAGAAGCGUACCUUCCUCAGGCAGCGUGUGGAAGCAAGGCUGGCAGCCCUUCUGUUAGAGAAUCAAGAGUAUACUGAGGCCCUUACGCUCCUUUCUGGUCUCAUCAAGGAAGUCAGGAGGCUGGACGACAAGUUGCUUCUUGUGGACAUUGACCUUCUGGAGAGCAAACUCCAUUUCUCUCUGAGAAACCUGCCAAAGGCCAAAGCUUCUCUCACUGCUGCAAGAACUGCAGCCAAUGCCAUUUAUGUGCCACCAUCUCAGCAGGGCAUCAUUGAUCUGCAGAGUGGAAUCCUUCAUGCUGAAGAAAAGGACUACAAGACUGCUUACAGCUACUUCUUCGAAGCAUUUGAAGCUUUCAGUUCUCUGGAGGAUCCAAAGGCCAUCUUCAGCUUGAAGUACAUGCUUCUGUGCAAGAUAAUGGUCAAUCAAGCUGAUGAUGUUGCAGGAAUCAUCUCAUCAAAGGCUGGUCUGAAGUAUCUGGGUCCAGAUGUUGAUGCCAUGAAAGCUGUGGCCGAUGCCUACUCCAAAAGGUCUCUGAAGUACUUUGAAACUGCUCUCCGUGACUACAAAGCCCAGCUGGAGGAAGAUCCUAUCGUCCACAGGCACCUCUCGUCGCUGUACGAUACCCUACUGGAGCAGAACCUCUGCAGGUUGAUUGAGCCCUACUCGAGGGUGGAGAUUGCACACAUAGCCGAGAUGAUUGAGCUGCCAAUCAGCCAUGUUGAGAAGAAGCUGUCCCAGAUGAUCCUUGACAAGAAAUUUGCGGGGACUCUGGAUCAGGGUGCUGGCUGCCUCAUCAUCUUCGAGGAUACCAAGACCGAGGAGAUCUUCCCCACUACGCUCGAGACAAUCACGAAUGUCGGGAAGGUCGUGGACAGCCUUUACAUGAGAUCGGCCAAGAUCAUGGCUUAAAAUAUGCAGGUCUACUGUCAGUUUAGCUGACCUUACUUAGCUCUGCAAGUGACAUUUAAUUCUGAAUUUGUUUUCUUUUUCCUUUUCAUUUGGGGCUGUGGAAUGUUUGAGCUACAAUUAUGCCAUGUUGCUCACGGACGAGACUGUUAAUUUCUGGGUAAUGGAAGUACUGUUAACGCUUUGAUGUUUUCUACUUCA